CAGAAAAGCGCCACACCGACACAUCCGUCUCUCUUUACGGUGAAAUACGCGAUAUAGGCCUGAAUCCGCCACAUUAACCGACAAGCACAGAGGAAGAUUCUCGUCUCUUAUGCGCUGCUGUGUGUCACUGUCACGAUCAAACCCGUCAGGAGGAAAAACCGAGUCAUUUACGGCAGCCAUCGAGCGAGUGCACGAGAAGAAAACGAGGAAAAUCCAGAAAUAACGGCCGAUCGUGGAGCGACGUUAUAUUUCAUUCAAAGGGUUUGGCCUCCCAACUGAACUAAAGAAAACCAUGGAAUUCUCUUCUUACAGCACCUGAAAAAGAAUAGCAUAAACAAGACAUGAUGGAAGAACCUUAUAAAGAUUCUGCAACCGUAGAAAUGCCAAACCCUCAAGAGGAGGUCUCUAACAGUGUUGCCACCACAGCUGGUCCAGUUGGGAAGCUUGAAAUUAAGACCACUCCAAUAAUCCCAACCGAGACAUGGAAUGUAAGCUCUCCCACCAUCACAAAACGAUCCCUCACACCCCUGCUAACACUUCAGGCUGCCCCAGUGGCGACCCCUGCCGCUGAGUCUUCAAACAGUGUUGCCCUGAAAGUCGCAACAACUCUCCUUCAACCAAUCUGCUUGGGCGAGAAUCCAGUGGUGCUGCCUAUACUUGCUGGCCCAGCUGCCCCUCAAGUUGGACAAUCAGGAGCAACUUCAUAUCUGAUGACUAGCCAGGGUCCCAUGUCCCUGCCUCUAGUCCUGGAACAACAAGUCUUCCAACAUCUGAAUCCUCAAUUACUUCAACAAACUACCACUUGUCCUGCAAUUUCCCUUCCGAACAACGUCCUAUGCCAGAACCCUUCCCUUGCUCUCGGUCCACCUCCAGUUCUGGACCAGAAAGGUCCAGUGUUGGAUACUAGUUUAUUGACUCUCCUUCAGAACCCUAAUUUUGCUGCAAUCUUGCAGGAUCUCUUCCCUGGCCAAGGAAACUCUUCACCUACUUGUCACCCAGCGUCCUCCCCUCAAAUAGACCUUGCCUCUGCUUUUCUUCCUCCUCCCCCUAUCUCACACCCCUACAGCUCCCCACUAGCCUCUCUGGUGCCUCCGGCCACCCUGCUUGUCCCCUAUCCCAUUGUUAUCCCACUACCAGUACCUCUUCCAAUCCCAGUACCAAUCCCAGUACCUGUUUCUACAUGCAAGGACUCUAAGGUAGAUGUAGACUCCCAUAAAUCAACUUGUACUUUGAGUAAAAGCACACAGACUUCCCCUACUGACAUUUCCCCGCACUUAACAUUAUCUGGCAAGGAAAUGGCAUUUAUCCAACCAACUCUUCCUUCUUCAUCAUCCCCUGUAGUGACAGAUGGGGAAGUGCUAGACUUAUCCUGUAGAGUGCCUCAACCAUCAAUGCAUGUUCAGAGUCCACAAGGGGUCCAACCAUUUCAGCAAGACAGCGUCCUUGAUUUGUCUGUGCCUAGUAUAAGAAAAACAUGCAUCCAGUCUUAUAGCACAUACGGGCCGUUGGCCCCUGAACGGGAAAGAUUAUGCCACAUCGGGGACCAUGUCAGCAGUGGGGCUUUGGCUCUUGGGGUUCUCCGGCCGGCAGACUACACCCCUAAACUAGAUACCAAGCUGCUAAGUGGUCUAGCAUCUCUGGAGUUCAGUCGACAGCACAAAUGGGUGGUAGACAGUGGCCACAGUAGCGCAAUGGCUGGGGCGGUACACGAAUCUGCCCUUGGUGGAAGUGGUAAUAUUGAGAUUGUCAGUACAUCGCAGACUGCCAAAGUUAUUGUGUCAGUUAAAGAUGCUAUGCCUGCCAUUUUCUGUAGCAAGCUAAAGGGAUUGUCAGGGGUUUCUACAAAGAACUUCUCCAUCAAACGUGAUGCCAAUCAGGGGACAUUCGCAGCACUGCCCAGGGUCCAUGGUGACCAGCGAAGAGAAUCCAGUGACCAACUCAAAAAAAUCCCCAAAAAUAGAGGCAUCAAAGUGAAGAAAGUGAGCUCCCAGGAGAUUCAUAUACUGCCCAUAAAAAAGCAAAGACUGACUGCGUUUCUUCCCCGAAAAUAA